AACACCUCUUCCGGGACCAGUCGGAAGUGACGUCCUCCUCGCUACAUCAUGGUUCCUCCUGUAGCUGUGUCGCCGCUCAUCAAGACGGCCAGAUGGUCCGCCCUGUUGCUCGGCUUCCUAUAUGGAAAGCAGAGGUUUGAGUACCUGAAGCCCAUUGCAGAGGAGGAGAGAAAGAUUGAGGAAGCCGAGAAAAAGGCCAGAGAGGAGCGUGAGCGUAUCGAAAAACAGCUGGCUGAAGCAAAUUCUGACACCAUCCUCAAAUGAUCAAUCCCAGGUCUUCACUUUGAUACCUCAAUAAAAAAAAAGAUUUUUAAGUA